ACUGAGUACCCACUUUAAAAGGGUAUAGAUUGAAACAGCUUGCCCCACCCCCGCCAUGAAUUUUUCACUCGUCAUCGUGAGAUUCAAGAAAAAAAAUCACAUCGCUGAUUGUUCCUAAAUAACAGGUCAGUUGUCGGAAUUUAAGAUGGUAUCCGAGCACGAUGUCUAUCAGUCACCUCUCAACACGCGCUACUGCAGCGAUGAAAUGAAAUAUCUCUUCUCUGCACGGAAGCGAUUCUCGACAUGGCGUCAGCUGUGGACAUGGCUUGCUGAGGCAGAAAAAGAAUUGGGGUGUGAUAUCAGUGACGAAGCCAUCGACCAGCUAAGGUCAAGCCAACAAAUCACGGAUGAAGAGUUCAAAGACGUUGCCGUGGAAGAGCGUAGGAGAAGACACGAUGUCAUGGCCCACGUUCAUGUAUACGGGCAGACAUGCCCGGCAGCGGCGGGCAUCAUACAUUUGGGGGCGACGAGCUGUUACGUUACUGACAAUGCAGACCUCAUAUUCCUCAGGGAUGGUCUGGACAUCCUCAUCAAGAAAUUGGCGACAUGUAUAAAGAGACUGAGCGAGUUCGCGAUGCAGUACAAAGACAUGCCAUGCCUUGCAUACACACACGGCCAGCCUGCGCAACUCACAACCAUCGGCAAGAGAGCCGCUCUUUUCAUCACCGAUCUCCUCAUGGACCUGACCAACCUCGAGCAUUCUCGUGAUACCCUCGCCUCCCGAUUCCGUGGCUGUAAAGGCACUACCGGUACCCAAGCCUCCUUCCUGCAGGUCUUCCACAACGAUCACGACAAGGUUGAGCAACUCGACGCCGUCGUCACAGCAAAAGCCGGCUUCAAGAAGGCCUUCACCAUCACCUCGCAAACCUACUCCCGCAAAGUCGACACCACUAUAAUCAACUACCUCGCUGACUUUGGCGCCACCUGCGAGCGCAUCGGGGGCGACAUUCGCCGCAUGGCCGCCAACAAAGAGAUGGAAGAGCCCUUCGAGAAAGACCAGAUCGGCUCGUCGGCCAUGGCAUAUAAGCGCAAUCCCAUGCGCUCCGAACGCAUGUGCUCUCUGGGCCGCCAUCUCCAAAGCCUGACGCACAACGGCCUGACAAACUAUGCCGCGCAGUGGUUCGAGCGCAGUCUCGACGACAGCGCAAAUCGCCGCAUCACGAUCCCCGAAGCAUUCCUGACCGCCGACGCGUGUCUAAUCUUGCUAGACAACAUCUCAAACGGGCUCGUUGUGUACGAGAAGGUCAUCCAGAACCGCAUCGCGCAGGAGCUCCCCUUCAUGGCAACGGAAAACGUCAUCAUGGCGCUAGCGGAGAAGGGCGUAUCGCGACAGGAGUCACACGAGGAAAUUCGGGUGCUGUCCCAUGAAGCUGCGGCAGUAGUCAAGAACGAGGGCGGUCAGAAUGACUUGAUCGAGCGCAUCAAGCGGACGGCCUUCUUUGCGCCGAUUCAUGGCGAGUUGGACAAACUGAUGGAGCCCAGCAGCUUCAUAGGACGUGCGCCGCAGCAGGUAGAGAAAUUCAUCACGGGCGAGGUUGAGGACGCGCUGCGGCCCUAUAAUAUUGAUCUACAAAAUGUGAAAGCGGCACAGCUGAAUGUAUAAACAGCUCGCCUUGUACGCACAACUUGACGUUCGUCCGUCAUUACUCGCGGAUUCCAGGGACUCUUCGUCCAUUAUUGUUUCUCCCUGCGUAUAGAAAGACUAGACGAGGGGAACUUCGAUACGGCAACGACCGAUCAGAUCGCCCAGAUCAUUAAAUUGCGGAGCAAUUUCGCAUGGCUCUACGGACAUUUGGUUGGCUCGACUAUGCUAGCGUCGGAACUUAGAACGUAUCGGUCGGCUUCUGGCGUAUAAUUUAAGAUUGAACGGCGGUGCUCAUCACAAACGAGCCAUCACAGCAGAUCUGAAGAUUCCUAGAACGCUCUUGUUUUAUAUAUUCAAAUAUGGGAUCAAGUCAUUAUUCGACAUUAGCGGUCCUAUCAAUCCAUUAAAAGAAGGAUAUAGUCGGAAAAGACAGUCUAGAUAUGCCUGCUCCAGCUGCCCAUGCAAGAAUACCAUGCCAGUGUGAGACGCUAUGCUUUGC